AUGAAGUCCCUUCAUCAUUUGACUCGCCGCAAGGCACUGCACCAUUUUGCUACCCCCCGCGCAACCUGGGUUCAGUCUCCAGCGACGAUAAAUCAGAUAUGGCGGAGGAAUUUCAGUGUCACACCAGCCACUACUUCGCAAUUGGCUGGACUUGACCCUCGUAAACUCACAGUUACGAAAACAACCACACCGAAGGAAUUGGUACCUUCUAAGGACCUUGUUUUUGGGAAAACUUUCACCGAUCAUAUGCUUUCUAUUGAGUGGUCCGCUUCCAAUGGUUGGCACGCUCCUCGUAUAGUUCCCUACCAAAACCUGAGCUUGGAUCCCUCGGCCUGCGUGUUCCACUAUGCGUUCGAGUGUUUCGAGGGUAUGAAGGCCUACAAGGAUAAUAAAGGUCAGAUUCGAUUGUUCCGCCCCGAUAAAAACAUGGAGCGCUUAAACAAGUCUUCAUCGCGAAUUGCCUUGCCUACUGUUGAUGGCGAAGCAUUGACAAAAUUGAUCGGCGAGCUUGUGAGCUUGGACCACAGAUUCAUCCCUGACAUCCGAGGAUACUCGCUAUACCUACGCCCUACGAUGAUUGGUACCCAGAAGACUCUCGGCGUGGGACCACCGGGUUCUGCUCUUUUGUUUGUUAUUGCAAGCCCUGUUGGUCCCUACUAUCCUACUGGGUUCAAAGCAAUCUCCUUGGAGGCUACUGAUUAUGCUGUCCGCGCUUGGCCCGGUGGUGUCGGAGACAAAAAGCUGGGUGCGAACUACGCACCUUGUGUUCUGCCUCAGCUGAAUGCGGCCUCCCGAGGAUUCCAACAGAACCUGUGGCUCUUCGGAGAGGAAGAAUAUGUGACGGAGGUUGGUACAAUGAACCUCUUCAUUGCGUUGAAGAAUAAAGAGACAGGUCAGAAGGAAUUGGUUACCGCGCCUUUGGAUGGAACAAUCCUUGAGGGCGUAACCCGGGACUCUGUUUUGUCGCUUGCUCGUGAAAGAUUAGGAUCGAGUGGCUGGACGAUAUCCGAGCGCAAGAUUAAAAUGGCAGAAGUUGCUGAAGCAGCCGAGGAGGGGAGGCUCCUUGAAGUCUUUGGCUCUGGUACUGCAGCUAUCGUGAGCCCCGUUCGAUCUAUCAGCUACCGAGGCCAGUCAGUGAACUGUGGCUUGAAGGAGAACGAAGAAGCCGGCGAAAUUGCUCUCCAAAUGAAAAAUUGGAUCGAGGGAAUUCAGUAUGGUGAUGAAGAUCAUCACUGGAGUUAUGUUCUGUAG